ACACAUGGGCCCACUUUCGUACAGCCAACCGGGCCCCCGGACCCGCAACCUGGCCCCACGUGCUUGCCCCACCGUUCCUCCUCAGUUCCUUCCUGCCCUUUCCGUCGACGCAUCUGGAGUGGAGCCAAGACUCGAGCAGGUAGAGAGGAGCGCUUGACCUGAGGCGGGGCUUGGGAGACGCGGAUCCUAGGGGCAGGGGACCAAGGGGAAGGCUAGGGGGAGAAGGCGGGAGCGGGGAGGAUGGUGCUGGUGCUCGCGCUGGGGGAUCUGCACAUCCCGCACCGGGCGCCCGACCUGCCCGCCAAGUUCAAGUCCAUGCUCGUGCCCGGCAAGAUCCAGCACAUCAUCUGCACCGGCAACCUCUGCAUCAAGGAAGUCCAUGACUAUCUAAAAAGCCUUUGUCCUGAUCUCCACAUAACCAGAGGUGAAUAUGAUGAGGAUUCUCGAUACCCAGAGACUAAGACACUUACAAUUGGUCAAUUUAAGCUCGGGCUGUGCCAUGGUCAUCAGGUUGUUCCGUGGGGCGACCUAGACUCCCUGGCAAUGCUGCAGCGGCAGCUGGACGUGGACAUCCUGGUGACGGGGCACACCCACCAGUUCAAGGCAUACAAGCACGAGGGCGGUGUGGUGAUCAACCCCGGGUCAGCCACAGGCGCCUACAGCAGCAUCACCUACGACGUGAACCCGAGCUUCGUGCUGAUGGACAUCGAUGGCCUGCGCGUGGUGGUGUACGUCUACGAGCUGAUCGACGGUGAGGUGAAGGUGGACAAGAUCGACUUCAAGAAGACGGCCACGACGAUGCACGCAUAGCUUUGGCUCUUGGCACGGCGCAGAGGACACUGAAAUGGACUCCGGACAUGUCUAGGUCCUUCCUGUUGCGCCGCCCCCCCCCCCCCCCCCCCCCCCCCCCCCCCCCGAUUGAUUCAGAGCUCCCUGAACUCUCUUUUUCCCUACCGAUUGUGCUCGCCUGUUCAUGUGUAAAAAAAGACAGCUGCUUUUACGGAUUAGUUGACCAGAUUGUCAGGGUGGGUGUUAAAUGUUGAGCGUGUAGUAAUGAAUUUGGUUGUUUUAAUUAAGAACAGGCGAACCUUGAUUUGCGUUUAUAUGCAAAAUAGAGGAAAUAAUGGGGGUUCUUUCUGA